GCGUGGGAAUGGUUUCGCAGCUUGGGAAGCCCCAAGUACUGGGUGGCGCCCAUGGUUGACCAGAGCGAGCUGGCGUUCCGGCAGCUGACGCGGCGGCACGGCGCCACGGGCGCCUACACCCCCAUGCUGCACGCCCGCCUCUUCCUGGAGACGCCCUCCUACCGGGCCGAGCACUUCACCACCACCCAGCAGGACCGCCCGCUGCUGGCCCAGUUCUGCGCCAACGACCCAGACAUCCUGCUGUCCGCCGCCCGCCUGGUGGCGCCGCACGUCGACGGCGUGGACCUCAACCUGGGCUGCCCCCAGCGCAUCGCCAAGCGCGGCAAGUACGGCUCCUUUUUGAUGGACGACCUGCCGCUGGUGGAGCGGCUGGUGCGCCAGCUGGCCGCCAACCUGGCGGUGCCCGUCACCGUCAAGAUCCGCCGCUUUGACUGCGUCCAGCGCACGGUGCAGUAUGCGCAGAUGCUGGAGCGAGCGGGGGCCAGCCUGCUGGCCAUACACGGGCGCACGCGGGAGCAGAAGCGGGCCAGCGAGGUGCGGGCCGAGGUGGAGUACAUACGGGCGGUGAAGCAGGGGCUGCGCAUCCCUGUCCUGGGCAACGGCAACAUCCGCACGCUGGCGGACUGCGAGGCGCUGAUGGCGGCCACCGGGGUGGACGGCGUGAUGAGCGCCGAGUCGCUGCUGGCAGACCCGGCGCUCUUCUCGCAGCGCCGCCUGCAGCCCGGCGGCGCGUUUGGCCACCUGGAUGGCUGCCACCUGCUUCUGGAGUACUGCGACAUGGUGGAGCUGCACCCCACCCCCUGGCGCAUGGUCAAGGGGCACGCCUUCCAGCUGCUGGGCCCCUGGCUGACCGAGUUCACCGACCUGCGGGAGCAGCUCAACCACGCUCAGGACUGGGACAUGGAGCAGCUGCGGGGCCUGGUG